AUGCUUAAUGCACUUGAAGCUGGGCGGAUAAAGCUUGAUGAGUAUUACUCUCAGACUGAUAGUAUCCGAGGGCAUAUCUAUGCCAUUAGUACUAUGCUUGCGCCGGUAAACAAGUUCCAAUUCUUCCAUACCAACGACUGGUAUCUGCAUUGGCGAGAUAUUUAUCGAUCUUCAUUUCGCGAAGCCCUUGCUCCAUACCAAGCACUGCUUAAAAGUGAUAUCCAGGCUUCAGGAAGGUCCAUAGCUUUAGCUGGACUAUUCUCGAUACUUGAUUCAAUGCUUACUGGGCCUGGACGUGGUGGAGAUUCAGCACAGCUUCCAGUUUCUGAUGAAAUAAGCCAAUACCUUGAUAGUGAUACUAUUCCUAUGAGCCCCCUCACUUUCUGGAAAGAGCACCAGUCUCGCUUCCCAGCUAUUGCUGCUCUUGCGCGAGAUGCCCUCUCGUUCCCAGCAACUGGCGCAGGGGUUGAACGUCUAUUCAAUAUCGCUCGGGAUAUCUGCCACUACCGUCGUGGUAGAAUGAAGUCGAAGACUAUUGAAGAUUUGAUGAUGUUUCUUUGUACGACCAGAUUUGAUAUGGAGGAGCAAGAGGCGAAGCUUCUUAGGGAGUUCUUUACGUGGGACGAGGUCGAGACGGCGAAAGAAGAGAAGGAUGGGAAGAUUGAUCUGAUUGAGGUUGAUCUAAUAAGUGAUACGGAAGAGCAGGAAGAUGAGAUAGAUAAUCAGGAUAAGCACCGAGACAUUGUAGAGAUAGACGAUAUAUCUGUCAAUGCUGGUAACCAUGAUGCCGGGCCUAAUCCGUCAUUACCACCAAACCAGACGCAAGUUCGGGCCUCAGGACGAAAGCGGAAAAGCAGAGAAGAUGAUGUCUUUGAAUACCACUAG